GGCGCGCCUGCCGCUCGCCCGCCACCGUCGGCCGGGCCGGGCUGUUGAAGGGUCCAGUCGGGCCCCGACUUUCGUCCCGGAGCCAGGGGUGGGGGAGCCGGUCCCGGCAUGGAGUGGCCCCUGAACGCGAGCUGCUGCUGGGCCGCGUCCCCACCGGCGCCCAACCGGAGCCGGGGCCCGGAGGAGCGGCGGCUGGGGGGCGGGGGGCCGGGGGGCCCCUCGGGGACGGCCCCGGGGGCCCCGCUGGCCCUGCUGGCCCCGCUGGCCCCGCUGGCCCUGCUGGCGCUGGCCACCUUCCUCUGGAACGCGCUGGUGCUGGCCACCAUCGCGCGGGUGCGCGCCCUGCACCGGCCGCCGCACAACCUGGUGGCCUCCAUGGCCAGCUCGGACGUGCUGGUGGCGGGGCUGGUGAUGCCCCUGAGCCUGGGCCACGAGCUGUCCGGGCGGCGCUGGCGGCUGGGCCGGCGGCUGUGCCAGCUGUGGGUGGCGGGCGACGUGCUGUGCUGCACGGCCAGCAUCUGGAGCGUCACGGCCAUCGCCCUGGACCGCUACUGGUCCAUCAGCCGCCACCUGGACUACACGCUCCGGGCCCGCAGGCGCGUCUCCAACGUCAUGAUCGGCCUCACCUGGGCCCUGUCGGCCGUCAUCUCCCUGGCCCCGCUGCCCUUCGGCUGGGGCGAGACCUACUCGGAGGGCGCCGAGGCCUGCCAGGUCAGCCGCCACCCCUCCUACGCCGUCUUCUCCACCUUCGGGGCCUUCUACCUCCCCCUCGCCGUCGUCCUCUUCGUCUACUGGAGGAUCUACAGGGCCGCCAAGUUCCGCAUCGGCGCCAGGAACACCAACAGCGUCACCCCCAUGCCCCGGGACGAGGAGGUGAAGGAGGCCACACAGCAGCCCCAGAUGGUGUUCACGGUCCGUCACGCCACGGUCACCUUCCAGACCGACGGGGACACCUGGAGGGAGCAGAAGGAGAAGAAGGCGGCCCUCAUGGUGGGCAUCCUCAUCGGGGUCUUCGUGCUCUGCUGGAUCCCCUUCUUCCUCACCGAGCUCAUCAGCCCCCUCUGCGCCUGUGAUAUCCCCCCCAUAUGGAAGAGCAUCUUUUUGUGGCUGGGCUACUCCAAUUCCUUUUUCAAUCCCCUCAUCUACACGGCUUUCAACAAGAACUACAACAGCGCCUUCAGGAACCUCUUCUCUAGGCAGCACUGAGCACCUUCUGGGUGAAGGGGAAGAGAUCCCCCCCCCCCCCGCCAAGGCCCCCCAAAAUGUUAGAUUAUCCCCUCCUUCUCCGUCCUCCAACAGUCGCAGAGACCCUUCAACUUUCCCACAGGGCCAGGGAAAUUGCAGGUUCCCAUGAGCCUGUCCCUGUUCACCUGAACUCCUGCCCAUACCUAGAGACUAUGGAUGGCAAUGGAAAUCUAGAAACUCAUAUCCAGGCAGACCCUAGAGGUGGUUUGAGACUCCGUGGUAGCCACAGCCUCCUCCCGUCCAGCGUCCCCUAUUUCCCCAGACCCUGAGGCUGGUUGACUCCCUGUUUCUCCCGGAGACACUGUAGGGGUCUCUCAGGAGAGAUGUGGGCCAGAGUCGACCCUGCUUAUCACAGGUUCACCUCUGUCCCCCAAACUAGCCCUUCUCUUUUUUUCCCCUUCUGGCUCCUCUGCAGAUUUCUACCUUGAAGGAAAAGCCUUGAGGGUAAAGCUAUUGAAAAAAUGUCUCAAGACUCCACAGCAGUGAAGCAUGGAGAUGCCUGCCUGAAUCCUGCUAGCCCACUCACUCAGGGGCAGAGCUGCAAUUCCAAGCAGAGUGAGUGAGAAGCUCCCCAGGCCUUCGGGGAAAUUGCAAAUCGUGACUAUUUAUUCUGCUUCUUCUGUUGAGAAUUGGCUUGGUUUGUAGAGACAAACAAAAUGUCACCCUCACAUUGUAGGAAUUCUCCAUUCCGCUUUUGUGGAUGAAGCGAUUUGCCAGAACAGAUCUCAAGAAACAUGUUGAUUUUUCUAUUGCUGCUGCUCUAAGUUUAAGGGUCCCGGGGGCUCAUUCUAGAUCCAGAUCUCUUCAGUUGUAGAUUUGGGUGUCGUGUUUAAUAAGCGUCAUGAAAGGAUGCUCAUUCCUGAGAACUGGAGCGAGGUGGGACAGUAGGUAUGUCACCAGAAGGUCAGCGAGUCCCAAAGCAAAAAAGACGUGACCUUACCCAGCUGCCAAAGGUUCACGGGAUACUUAUCCCGAGAGGAUUGUUCAGCUUUACCCCGAUCUGGAAAGUUACUUGGGGAGUGCAGCUUCAUUUAGAAUAAAGCACAUGAUCUUCAAUGCUCCCGGCCGCCCAGAGAGACCAAUAAAUCCACUACCAGUCAGCCAGUAGCCCUCAGUGAGCAUCCCAGAGGUAUCUAACCCAGUUUGUCCCCAUUUUUACUGGAUCUGAAACUUAGUGGGAUCUACAAGCAGGAGGAAUUUGCAUCCUAAUUCAGGUAAUGAUGAUGAUGGCAUUUGUUAAGCGCUUACUAUGUGCAGAGCACUGUUCUAAGCGCUGGGGGGA